AUGGCCUCUCUUCAUUUCUGCCAAGAAUGCAACAACCUGCUCUAUCCAAAAGCCGAUCCUCAUCGACGAAUCAUGGUCUACGCGUGUCGGAUAUGCCAAUACGACGAGAUGGUAGAGAACAAGUGCGUGUACAGGAAUGACUUGCUUACGGUGACAAAAGAGCAAGUUGGUAUUACGACCGACCUAGGCGCGGAUCCUACUUUGGCCCACAGUCGCGACAACGCGUCUCUGUCGAACAUUGUAUGCCCGCAAUGCGGUAAUGACGACGCGGUACAUUUCCAAGAUCAAUCGAAACGCAAGGAGACGAGGAUGAUCCUCUUCUUUGUCUGUGCGAAGUGCAAUUACGCUUUCACAGACCCGAGCAUACAAACAUCAAAACGACCUGAUGCUGAUGAAAGUUAG